GCCGCAACCUCCGCUCCCCCCUGCGCUGAGCGCUGACAGCAGGCUGGCCGGAGACCGCUGCUGCUGCUGCCGCUGUUGUUGUUGCCUCUUCCGUCGCCGCCGGCUUCCACUCCACGUUGUGAGCUGCUGUCCGGAUACAAACUGAUAUCAGAACGGGACUUAAUUUCUGUUACAGGAAACAUAAAACAACAUCAACAAAGUAUUUUUUGGACACGCUGACCGCCGAGCUUUCUCCCCUUCCGUCCUGCUCCCGGAGAUGAACGGGCUGUCGGUGAAGUGAGACUGACCGAGAGGCCAACAGCUGAGAGAAGUUUGACUGCAUGAAGAGGCCGAGUGACGGGACCCUGGUCCUCACCUAGACCCCUCCCACGACCCCCCCACUGCCUGGACAUGAGGUCAUUCCGAUCAUUUGCAAACGACGACCGCCAUGUCAUGGCCAAGCACGCCAGCAUCUAUCCGGCACCAGAGGAGCUGGAGGCCGUCCAGACGCUGGUGUCCACUGUGGAGGGAGCCCUCAAGAAAGUGUCUGAUUGGAUGGAUGGCCUCAGCAAAUCCUCAGGGAAGACCUCCACCAAUGACGAGGCUGGGGACAAUACAGUGGAGAAAGACGCUACUGAGAUAAAGCCGGACGGCACACCGGUACUGUGCGGGGUGACACGUGUCGGUCUCGUGGCCAAAGGCCUGCUGAUCAAAGGGGACAUGGACCUGGAACUGGUGCUGAUGUGCAGGGAGAAACCCACCAAACCGCUGCUGUACACCAUCAGCGCCAACCUCCCCCUGCAGAUCCAGACAAUGACGGAGGACAAAUACGAGGUGCAGUCGUGCGUGCCUGAGGCAGCCAUCCGGGUAUGCAGCACCAAAGACCCCCAACUCACGUUGAAGAUCACCCUCUCCUCCUUAGCCAUGAGGGAGGAACACAGCACCACAGAAGAAGAGGAGGGCGAUCAGGACGACAGCAAGGAGAGGCAGGAGAAGGAGGAAGAGGAGGAGGAGGAGGAGGAUGUCCUGGACAGGCAGAAGUGCCAGGCUGCACUGGCUUCGCUCCGACAUGCCAAAUGGUUCCAGGCCCGAGUCACAGAUCUCAAAUCCUGUGUCAUCGUCUUGAGGAUUUUCAGAGACAUGUGCAACAGACUGCCUGGGUGGCAGCCUCUCAAAGGAUGGCCUCUGGAGCUGAUCUGUGAAAAGGCCAUAGCCACCUGUAACCGGCCACUAGGUCCAGGUGAGGCCCUGCGUCGCGUCAUGGAGUGCAUCGCCUCAGGGAUUCUCCUGCCAGGAGGUCCAGGAGUUUGUGACCCCUGUGAGAGGGAACCCAGGGACGUCCUGUCUGACCUCAGCGCCCAGCAGGCUGACACCAUCACAGACAGCGCACAGCAUGCGUUACGCCUCCUAGCCUUUGGACAGCUUUACAAGGUCUUGAAUAUGGAUCCUCUCCCCGCCAGCAAGCCCUCACCAAGGCUGUUAGAAGGCGGCUGUCAGAAGAGGCUCCGGGAGGACGUCGGGUCAGAUGACAGAGACUUCAUCAAGAGGAUGAAAGUCUUGGACUGGAGGAUGACCGAUCCAAACCAUCCCAUGAACGCUCUGAUGCGUCUGAAUCAGAUCCACCCGGGCCUCCAGUACCGUCUGCUGUCCCAGUCCGGCCCAGUGCAUGCUCCAGUCUUCACCAUGUCUGUGGACAUCCAGGGAACCACCUACCAGGCCACCGGGAACUCGAAGAGAACCGCCAAGCUCCAAGUAGCCCUCAAGGCGCUGCAGGCUCUGGGCUUCGUGCUCAGCGGUGAUGGAGACGUGGACUCGCUGAGCGCCGAUGAGAAGUCAGAUGGCGAAGGCAAGAACGACAUGAUGUCCACCAGCUCCAGCUCCACCUCCAUCACCUCCUCCACAGACACACAGGAGUCCAGAGCUCCAGGUCCGAUCCUGACAGCGGGAGGUAAAAACCCAGUGAUGGAGCUGAAUGAGAAACGUCGUGGCCUCAAAUACGAGCUGAUAUCAGAGAGUGGCAGCAGCUACGAUAAACGCUUCAUCAUAGAGGUGGAGGUUGACAAGCAGGUUUUUCGGGGAACGGGUCCCAAUAAGAAAGUAGCCAAAGCCAGCGCAGCACUAGCCGCCCUGAACAGCCUGUUCUCUGGCUCCAAAUCUACGACCAACAAGAAGAAACGGCCCAACCCUCCUCCAAAGCGACCCGUAGCCUCUGUGCUCACCCUCCCGGCCCUCGCUGCCAGACCUCCACGAGUCCCCAUCAUCCCCAGAGCUCCAUACAUCAGCACCCCACCCACACAUGGUUACAUCCCCCCAGGUUUUGGUGCUCCUUACGGUUACAGCCCUGCAGGCGCCCUCCCUCCCUACGGUGGCCUGUACAUCGACAGUGCCUAUUACCAGCCGCAGACCAUAGCCACACCAAUCAUUAUCCACCUGGGCCCUCAGGAUCUUUUCUGACCCCGCCGAUGUACCGAGACCAGCCUCGGCAACAGCCUCGACCUCCUGUUUAAUCCCUCACCCUUAUUAAACUCUGUCAGCGCCUCUCAAUUACUGCAGCGCUGCUCCGCCGGGUUUCUCCCUCCACACAAGCCACAGCAGCAAUAUUGAAAGCAAUAUGGAGGAGAAAACACCUUGGGCAACACUCUGUCAAGUCCAGGUCGAGUUUUAGUGAAGAAGAGGCCGCAGCCGAGACUUUGUCUGACCCAGCUCACUCAGAAAAUGUCAAUAAAACACAAAGCAAUACUUCUUCUGCCUUUGGGAAUUUUCAACGUUUUCCAAAGUGACUUGAUUCGAGUCAAGUCGCUGAAUUCAAACAGACCAUCAGCACCGGCACAUUCCCAACAAUGUGGCCUACUGUAUAUAAAUACAAUAUUUACUAUCUGUAUAUAUGUGGAUGUAUGUGGGUUUUGAAUAUAUAUAUACAUAUAUAUAUAUAAAGAUGUUAAUAUGUUUGAAUAUGUAAAACCCAACAAUGGGUAAAGAAACAUAUUUAUAAUAUAUCUCUGAAUGUAAAUAGUGACUGAAGUAGCUUUGUAUUUAAAGCACUAUCAGAUAUGCUAUCUUUAAAUAUUAAGAGUUAAAUACAUUUUACAAAUUGUCUAUAACACUGUAUUGGUACGUUGAUGACAUAUAAUCCCUAUUUAAACAUGAUUACACAUAGUAGACUAAGUAGUAAUUUUCCAUCUCAAAGCACCAAGAUAAGUAUCACAUACAAUCUGACAAUACCGUGUUUUAAUGGUUUAUGUUCCAACUAAUAAGCUCUUAAUUUGAAGUUUGUAUCUGACAAACUCUCCUGCUGUUACACAUCUGUUGGGUUUCGGUUUAAAUCAGUGGUUCCCAACCUGAGGGCAAGGACCCCCACUAGGGGUUGCAGGACAAACCUUAGAGGUCACAAGAUGAUUAACAGAGGAACAUAGAAAACAACAACAUAUUAUUUGUCAUACCAUUUUCUUCAUUUUAAAGGCUCUUAAGGCAAAAAGGUUAGAAACCACUGAUUUAAAUGGUUGUAGAUCCUCAAAGAAAAAGUGCUGGGUUUUAGAAACUUUAGUCUUCUAUGCUAAUUAAGAAAUAUAAAACAAAUUAUUAUAUUCCUGGAUUAAAGGCUUUAUCACAGUAUAUGUAAUUGUAUAUUGCAAUAUCAAUGCAUAUUGCAAUAUAGUAAAUAUAGAGAAUAGCCUACAUUUAGAAAAUGUUAAUGAAUGUCUGCUUUUGGCUAAUCCGUCCUCAUGUUUGCAACAGUGGCCACAAUGGAGAGAUUACAAGCCUGGAUACUUCUGUGUGAACUGGAUCAGUUGACACAUUUAUCUCAUCUCUUAUACACCCUAUCUCUAAUUUACAUGCAUAUUUACAUUGUAUGGUCAGUAGUCUUUAUUUCUCCCAUCGAACGUGGCCGAGACAUUUUUAGCAAUGCCAAUGCAGACAUUAACAUUUUUAGACAGAUAGCAUGUAAAGAAUGAGUAGAAACCAUUUAGACAACAAAUUACUAUAUAUACUGCACGCAGAGCCGCACUGAAGGGGGCUUACUUAAUUUGUUAGCUACAGCUCUACUACACUCUUGAGUGCAACAAAAUAAUAGUUUAUCUUGUUUAAAUGACAAAGUGCUCUGAUUUUAUUGUUCUGUAUACUAGAAGAUUCACAUUUAUUUUAGAAUAUGGACAGAAAACCUCAGUAUUAUGUGUCAGCUGAACAGCAGGACUGAUGAAAGAAACCCUCAAUAUAAAAACACAUGGAGCAACAGAUGCCAGGGUGGGACUUCCACUUUUUAUGAGUUUGUACAAUGUUUUCAUAGUUUAAAAAGUUUUUAAAUGUUCCCAGUUGUUGCUUAGAGGCUUCUGCAUAAAACAACUGAAACUAUAAUAAAUAUUCAAAAAGAAGAUUGCCUGUUUGGAGAAACUUUCCUUCAGGAGAAUUUAUCAAAAUUAAUCUUAAAUGCCAAGAAACUGGUGAAAAACAAUUUACUAAAGCGAGCUACAACACCGGUCCCAUUUUCACAUUACACUGAGAUAAAUGAUCUGAUUUAAACCAAUGAUAAAGUUUUAUGAAGCUGCACCAGAUUAAGAUGUUUUUGGUGCAUUAUUCCUUGACUGGAAAGCACAAACACUGUCUGAAGCAAUAUUCAACUCAGGAACAUUCAAAGCAUAAAAAAACCACAAGAAUGCAAACUUAAUCUGAUUAUGAGACGUGCACACAAACAACUGAAAGAAAACAAUCUACAGCCCCUGUACUGUAUGACUCCAUGUUUUGACAGAAUGUGAAUGCCAAGGUGGAUAUUUUAAAUAUUUAUGUAAUAUCCUGUACUGUUUAAGUGUUGACGAGUGUCUCUGGUAGAAUGUAAAACCAAAUGUAACUACUUCUGUAAAAGAAUAACAGGGCCAAAGAUCACAAAACCUCAGUGAGCGCAGAGUGUUCAGUUAGAUACACGAAGCUUUUACUUAAGAUACUCUCACUUCUAGAUUUGGCUUAAAAAUUGGAGAUAAUGGAUGAUAUCCGAGAUAUAAAGUCUCUGAUAUUAAGUUGUGAUUACAGUCCUGGCCCCUGACUGUAUGGAAGUUCAUUAAUGACAAAAUUGCACAUACAGUUCAAAUUAUUACUGUAAUUUAUCUGCAAGAAGAGCACACAAAGAUUUGUGCUCAGUUUAGAAUCUGUCCCCACUAACUAAUGUCAGCAGACAUAUAUUAAAUAACCACCUCAGAAAAAUAUACCUCAGAAAGCCUGUAUACAAAUAUUUACUACUGUACAUAUUACCACAUUAAAGUCAUACAGGAGUUUCCAAAAUGAUCAGUUACCAACUUUUAAAUACGGUUUACACACAAGUUGUAAUCAUCAUUGUGUAUUUGGGAUUUUUCUGAAAGCUGCAUCAGAUCUGGCACAAACAGAAGAGCCUUUUAGAUGCCUCACAUCAGCCAAAGUCCAUGUUCAGGGUCAUUAAGGAUAUAGUUAUUCUUAAACCCUCAACAACUCUGCACUUCCUGUCUGUACAGUCCAUCCCACAUGAUCAUGGCAAUAUCAUAUCGCCCAACCGUAACUGAGAGCAAGGAAGUCUGAAGAUUGUGAGCCAAGGAAUCUCUACUGCUUCCUCACAUCUAAAGACACAACUCCUCUGGCAGUUCGAUCACAUUCAGACCAUUUAUACUCUUUCCCAAAUCUUGUUCUCUCUUUGCAUGUUCUUAAGUCUUUCAUUCUUAACUUAAUGAUACCACUCACACUUGUUUUGGUCUCACUCAAUAGUGUCUUUUCUGAACUUCCCUACUAAUAGUUGAGUACAGCUGCAGUAGUUUUCUGAGCUGUCUGGCUUUGAGUGUGAUUCUGGCAACAACCAGGAUUCUUGUCUUUACUGUGUGAAAUCAGAAAUGCUUUUCUGAUUUGUAGCAGUCAUGUAAAACUUGGAAAUAAAAAAAAAAGUAUAACAGGAAUAGAAGCAGCAUGAGAGAGGUCUGAGUAAUGCGUGUGGUGUUUGUUCCUAAGCUCUUCUUCAUCAGGCCAAGUGUUCCAGUCACACUCGGCUGCAGAGCUAAUUAAAUCUGAGUGAACAAAGAGAGAGUGAAAUAAAUGUCCGAUAACAUACUGUGAGGAUCAAACAACCCCCCAAAACAAGACAUUUAAACCGGCUGAGUUUAUAUGAAAAGCUGCGACACUUAAAGACAAAAAAUGUGUAGGAAGGCUGUUUGUAACUCUGCAGGAAGCUUAUUUGGUGUCCAGUAUCCCACUGAUGUUCCCCAGAUCUCACCUCGGUGCUACAGGACAUGUACAGCCAUCUGAACAUUACAACACAGGAGAAUAAAAACAGACUUAACAGUUUCAUUUUUCAGUGGAUCAAAGUUACUACCACUUAUUGUCCAGAUAACAUCCAGUUUAAUGUUCUUGCCAAGAUCAUCACACAGCAGUCUAAGUGUUGAUGUUUUCCCCUGUUGGUUUAUGACUGAAAUAUUUAUUUAAGUCUAUUAAAUAAACUUUCACUUAUCCUACAGCA